GAACUCCUCGAAAAUCAGUAAAAAUGAAUUUUUCAACAAUGCAACAGCCAAAUCACUCAAUGCCGGACGGAGAGUUCAAUUACUAUUAUUUGAGAAAAUUAGAAUUCCCACAUUGUGCGAAAGAAGCUCUGAUUGCAGUAGCGAAAAUGCCAAGAGCCGCUAAUUCAACAGCUUACAGACAAAUUCAACUUCAAACCGAAUUGAUAAAUGAAUUUGUUUUCGGUGAAAUUGAAAAAUUGAAGCAGCAGAAGAAGACUCGAGCCCUCCAGGAAUUCCAGUUGAUCGAAGUUCUGAGUGAAUUUUUCAGAAAUCCAGAUCACAGUGCAGCUGUGAGAAAUGCAAUUUUUCUGCUUCUGUUUCCAGCUGAAUAUCCUAGAUACGAAAUUUUAGGUAAUUUGGUGUCAAUGGCGAUUGCCACACAGAAUCGAGAGGUGUUGGACUCUUCGGGGAUGUGGAUACAGCAGCUGGGAUCAACCUCAGCCCAGAGCGUUGAUUUAGCAAAGCACAUUCUCGACGAUUACUUCGUGUACACACCGAAUUCCAUUAAUAAAUUGAAUAAACUACCAGUUCUGGUGCCUCAUUUCACCGCCAAUCUGCUCACAGCUAUUGGAGAAGUCUACAAACUCGAGGAUCCACCGAAUAAAUUAUUGAAACUUGCUGGAGACUGGAUAGACGAUAAUCCAGGACUCCUGGCGACUCCACUGAUGGACAAUCCAGCGUUGCCUCUGGGGGGCAUUCCCAUGACACCCAUUACACCCAUCGCAGGACUUUUCAGAUGGUGUAUAUUGAGUCCAGCUCGAUCAAAACCAGACAAUGCAGAUACUAUAGUAAUAGACGAACGAGAUCAAUUUUAUUCGAAGAUCCAGCAGCUACUGAUGGACGCUGUUUUGAGAUUAAAGAACAGUGGAAGCAAUAAACACGCCAUUUCCGCUCAACAUUUGGCGCAAACGACUAGAGCUUUGACAACAUUAUUAGAAGAGCCUGAAACCGUUGAAAAUAAACCGCGGAGAGAUCUGGGUAUGGAGAGAUUAGCGCAGGCAGUCAGUACCGCAAUGUCUGCUAAUUGUAUUUAUGGAAACAAACAGGAAUUACUGGCUCUUCUACAACCCCUUGCAUGCAGACACUUCCUCAUCGAGUGGACAUUAAUAACGUACGGGAGCAAAGGAGCUGUAGUAUAACAAAUAUUUUAAUACAUUAUAUAUUUUUGUACAAAAAAACUCUACAAUAUUCAUCCGAAGGGUUUAAAAGUCCUCUUUGUUUUUAA